UUCGAUUCUCCUUUGUUUAUAGUAAAUAGAAAGUGUUUCCAACCCAGCAAAUCAGUUGAAGACCAUCGUCUGUGAACUUAAAUGGUAGAAGUAGAGAACCAUGUAUGCGCAAUUUGUGUGGCUGCCAGUCGCCAGGGGGAUUGUCCUGUUCAUAAAUCUUUCAGCCAGCCUGAUCAUUUUCCGGCAAGCAAGGGCAACCAGUUUCGCAUACCAGCCUACCAUUAGGUUACAUGCGAGGAAAUUCUCGCCUUUGUUCAAUGAGCAUUGGAGCCUGGACCAACGCAAGGGGAGACUGAGGCCUCAGUCAUGAUUCCAAGAUGGGAAUAGAUCAAGGCACCAUAUUCCUGAAACACGCUAGUCCGCGCGUGGUAAGUCACGUGGAGGCAUCCAAGUCUGCGGCGGAAG